AUGAAACGGAUGCUCCAAGAAGAAUUGGGCUUGGGUGAUGUACCGUCACUCGCACAAGCGGACUCUUCUGAAGAAAUUCGUGUGGGCUGUGAGAACCAGGGAGUGCCAUCGACGUCGGAAACCAAUCUACCCGAGGUGUUCUCCAAUUUGGUCCGACCGAUUGCCGGAGAAGUUGGAAUAACCAUACCAUUACCGCUGCAGAUCCUGGAGACCCUUGCAAAGUCCAUUUUGUAG